UCUUUAUCAUUCAUCUCUUCAGAAUCUUAUCUCCAUUUUUCUACAAGAUCUGCAGAGUUGAGAGAGAGAGAGAGAGGGAAACAUGGCUCGUGGGAAGAUCCAGAUCAAGAAAAUAGAGAACCAAACAAACAGGCAGGUGACCUACUCCAAGAGGAGAAAUGGGCUUUUCAAGAAAGCUCAUGAGCUCACUGUGCUUUGUGAUGCCAAGAUUUCCAUUAUCAUGAUUUCCAGCACUCAGAAGCUUCAUGAAUACAUCAGCCCCACUAUCACGACAAAGCAGAUUGUUGAUGAAUACCAGAAGACUGUUAGGACAGAUAUUUGGAGCUCCCACUACGAGAAAAUGCAAGAGCACUUGAAGAAGCUGAAGGAGAUCAAUAGGAAUCUGAUGAUGGAGAUUCGACAAAGGAGGGGAGAGAGCUUGAACGAUCUGGGGUAUGAGCAGAUGGUGAAUCUCAUCGAAGAUAUGGACAACUCUAUGAAGGUGAUUCGAGAGAAAAAGUACAAAGUCAUCAGCAGCCGGAUUGAUACCAGCAGGAAAAAGCUAAGGAAUGUUGAAGAGAUUCACAGAGGCCUUGUGCUUCAGUUUGAUGCACGGCAGGAGGAUCCACACUACGGUCUAGUUGAAAACGAAGGCGAUUACAAUUCUAUGUUGGGGUUUCCACACGGCGGGCCAAGGAUCAUCGCGGUUCGCCUUCCGCCAAACAACCACCACCCCCACCCGCACCAUCACCACCAUCACCACCACCACCACCAUCCUAGCCUUCACAGUGGGACCGGAGCCUCGGACCUCACUACAUUUGCUUUACUUGAGUGAAUGUUUUUAUCACAUAUAUCUAUCUAUAUAUAUAAUGUGUUUGUUUGAUUGUGUAUGAACGUCGUAGGUCUUGAGAAGAAAAAAGAUGGGAAGAUCUACAUUUGUUUGUUAUGUUGUCUUUAUAUUGUGUAUGACUAUUGACUAUUGUGGAUCUAUGUUUACUAGGGUUAUGUGUGUGGAAGUACUAUAUUGUAUCCGAUUUUAUUAUAGCUAUUUCGUAUUUAUGGAUUGAUGUUUUUUGUUCAA